AUGAGCAGGGAAGAGAACCAACAUUUUGUGGGAGACUCCUAUGUGCGCCACGGUGCCAGCUGCUUUCCCCAGUAUCUUUUAAUUCCAUUUUGCAUGGAAACACUAAGGCCCAGAAGGAACAAGAGAGUGGCAGGAGGAAAGGUCACUUUGCCUCACAACUGACAUCAACUGGGGCUUCCAGAAAAAGACACGGAUAUUGAAUGGCUGCUCACCGAUAAUGAAGGCAACCAAAAAGUGGUGAUCACUUACUCCAGUCGUCACGUCUACAAUAACUUGACUGAGGAACAGAAGGGCCGAGUGGCCUUUGCUUCCAAUUUCCUGGCAGGAGACGCCUCCUUGCAGAUUGAACCUCUGAAGCCCAGUGAUGAGGGCCGGUACACCUGUAAGGUUAAGAAUUCAGGGCGCUACGUGUGGAGCCAUGUCAUCUUAAAAGUCUUAGUGAGACCAUCCAAGCCCAAGUGUGAGCUGGAAGGAGAGCUGACAGAAGGAAGUGACCUGACUUUGCAGUGUGAGUCAUCCUCUGGCACAGAGCCCAUUGUGUAUUACUGGCAGCGAAUCCGGGAGAAGGAGGGAGAGGAUGAACGUCUGCCUCCCAAAUCUAGGAUUGACUACAACCACCCUGGGCGAGUUCUGCUGCAGAAUCUUACCAUGUCCUCCUCCGGACUCUACCAGUGCACAGCAGGCAACGAAGCUGGGAAGGAAAGCUGUGUGGUACGAGUAACUGUACAGUAUGUACAAAGCAUCGGCAUGGUUGCAGGAGCAGUGACAGGCAUAGUGGCUGGAGCCCUGCUGAUUUUCCUCUUGGUGUGGCUGCUAAUCCGAAGGAAAGACAAAGAAAGAUAUGAGGAAGAAGAGAGACCUAAUGAAAUUCGAGAAGAUGCUGAAGCUCCGAAAGCCCGUCUUGUGAAACCCAGCUCCUCUUCCUCAGGCUCUCGGAGCUCACGCUCUGGUUCUUCCUCCACUCGCUCCACAGCAAAUAGUGCCUCACGCAGCCAGCGGACACUGUCAACUGAUGCAGCACCCCAGCCAGGGCUGGCCACCCAGGCAUACAGCCUAGUGGGGCCAGAGGUGAGAGGUUCUGAACCAAAGAAAGUCCACCAUACUACCAUGACCAAAGCAGAAACCACACCCAGCAUGAUCCCCAGCCAGAGCAGAGCCUUCCAAACGGUCUGAAUUAGAAUGGACUUGACUCCCACACUUUCCUAGGAGUCAGGGUCUCUGGACUCUUCUCGUCUUUGGAGCUCAAGUCACCAGCCACACAACCCCCUCGAACCAGAUGAGAGGUCAUUUAAGUAGCAGUGAGCAUUGCACAGAAGAGAUUCAGAUAAGCACUUUUCUUAUAUGAUACCAAACAAGCAAAAGGAUGUAAGCUGAUUCAUCUCCAAAAAGGCAUCUCAUUGUGCCUUUAGACCAGAGUAAGGGAAAGCAGGAGUCCAAAUCUAUUUGUUGACCAGGACCUGUGGUGAGAAGGUUGGGGAAAGGUGAGGUGAAUAUACCUAAAACUUUUCACGUGGGAUAUUUUGUAUCAGUGCUUUGAUUCACAACUUUCAAGAGGAAAUGGGAGGCUGUUUGUAAAUUUUCUAUGCAUUUCUGCAAACUUAUUGGAUUACUGCAAUUAUUCAGACAGUCAAGCAGAACCCACAGCCUUAUUACACCUGUCUGCACCAUGUACUGAACUAACCACUUCUAAGAAACUCCAAAAAAGGAAACAUGUGUCUUCCAUUCUGACUUAACUUCAUUUGUCCUAAAGUUCAGAUAUUAAUUUCAAGGGGAGUUGUAAUAGUGGGAGAUGGAGAAGAGUGAAUGAGUUUCUUCCACUCUAUACUAAUCUCACUACUUGUAUUGAGCCCAAAAUAACUGAAAGGAGACAAAAAUUUAUGACAAAGGAUUGUGAAGAGCUUUCCAUCUUCAAGAUGUUAUGAGGAUUGGUGACAAACAUUAGAAAUAUAUAAUGGAGCAACUGUGGAUUUUCCCUCAAAUCAAAUGCCUCUAAGGACUUUCCUGCUAGAUAUUUCUGGAAGGAGAAAAUACAACAUGUCAUUUAUCAACGUCCUUAGAAAGGAUUCUUCCAGAGAAAAAGGGAUCUAGGAAUGCUGAAAGAGUAACCAACAUACCAUUAUAGUCUAUUCUUUCUGAGAACAUGUGAAACCAGAAUUGCAAGACUGGGUGGCCUAGAAAAGGAGAUUAGAUCAAACUUCUCUUAAUAUGUCAAGGAAGGUAGCUGGGCAUGGUGCCAGGCACCUGUAGGAAAAUCCAGCACGUGGAGGUUGCAGUGAGACAAGAUUGUGCCAUUGCACUCCAGCCUGGGUGACAGAGCGAGACUCCAUCUCCCCAAAAAAAAAAAAAAAAAAAAAGUCAAGGAAGGAUAAAAGGAAGUUCAGUAUUGUACCACACUUGGAACUUCCUCCAUUUCUUCCAUUUUAGAAGGAUGUGAACCUGGAACUUUUGAUGAUUCUAAGCCUUAAAUUAUCAAAAAGAUCAGGGAUUGCCAAUGCUUCUAAUGGCACUGCAAGUAUAUAUCAUAAUCAUUCC